AUGACUGACGUCCGGGCCCUCCUCGCCGCUGAGCGGCAGUCCCGCCGAAUAACCCAUCCUCAUCUCUCAUACACGAAAUCCGGGGUACUCUUGUGCAACAUCUGCAAUCUCAAUGUGAAGUCCGAGGCUCUCUGGGAAGGACACCUGAAAAGUGCAAAUCACCGAAAGAACGUCGCCGCCCAAGCGUCACGGAAGGCUAGCAUAGACUCCACGUCAGGCAAGGGCGUCAAGAGAAAAAUUGAAGAUGUGGAUGAAGUACUCCUGGAGCGUGACGAGCUGGAGCCGGAAGCACGGAAGAAGCCAAAGUCACGGCCGGAGAGCACCUUCGUGGAAGACGAAGACGGAGAGCAGGCAGGACCGGUUCUCCCGGAGGAGGAAGCACCGGGGCAACAGGUAGAGCCCGCGCCAGCACCAAUGCCCGUGACGGACAAGGCAGCACAAACGAACGGAACCUCUACACCUACUCCUGCCGUUAACGAAGAUGAAUGGGCAGCCUUCGAACGUGAAGUCGCGCCACUCGCUGCAGACAAGCCUAAACCAGACUAUUCCUCUGCCACUAUCACCGCGGCCCCUCUGACGGCCGAUCAGAUCAAGGCACAGCAAGACGAGGAUAGAAGACGGAGGCUAGAGACGGAGGCAGAGGACGAGAAGGAAGAUGAAUUGGGAAAGCUGGCGGAAGAAUUCGAUGUCAUGGAAGAGAUGGAGGACCGAGUUCGAAAACUGAGAGCGAAGAGAGACGCGCUGAGAAGUGCUGCGAAGCCUGGGGACGAUACAGGCCAAGCGACGAACGGAGCAUCAGUUGCUACGCUUGUGGUUUCCGCAGGGACCAACGGAGUUGAGGAAGACGAGGAGGACGAGGAUGAGGACGAUUGGUAUUCAUAG